CGAACGCACGUCUCGUUGGUGCACGUGCACACAUUGCACGCCUCGUUUGAAAUUCGUGGCGGUGAAGUGAGGUUAGGAAUCUAUUAAUUGGGAAAUCAGAAAAAAUUCGACAGGAUUGCCAUGGAAAUUGCGUCCGUUAAAAAGAAUCGUCUUAAAAUGAAAUCGAAAGAUAAUGCCGUCAGCACUAAUAAGGACGAGGCCCAGAUACAAAUACGUUUUGUAACUAAGCAGCAACAAUAUGCAGUACCGGAUUAUCCCCUAUCGGUUCACAGCUCGAUAAUCCCCGAAGAAUUAAAUACCUUGAUAAACGAACUUCUGAGAGAGUCGAAUGCAAUCCGGCGCCAAGUGGAGUUUGAUUUCCUGAUUUGCUCACAGUUUCUACGUAGCUCCUUGCUAGAACACAUCGCUGAUAGGGAAGUUUCUACAGAGGAGGUGAUAGAUGUGGAGUAUGUGGAGAAGUAUUAUCCGCCAGAGCCACAGGAUUGUCUAGUUCACGACGAUUGGGUGUCGGCUGUUGCUGUUUGUGGAAAAUGGAUCCUAACUGGUUGUUACGACAAUAUGCUACAUAUUUGGAAAUUGACAGGCAGUCAUCAGCUUGUGAUUCCAGGACAUAAAUCCCCCAUCAGAGCGGUGGCCUGGAUAACUGUCAACGACGACAACGCCUCCUUCGUUAGCGCAUCGAUGGAUCAGACCUGCAUGAUAUGGAGCUGGGAUAUAGCAAAGAAUUCGGUGGAAUGCGUACAGGUUUGCAAAGGUCACAGAGGAAGCAUUGAAACAGUCGGCGUUAACUACGAUAAAACGUUAAUGGCAACCGGUGCCUGGGAUAAUAUGUUAUACAUAUGGUCAACAUCUAAACGAGAAGAAAAUGAUGGAGAAUCCGCGUCAAAAAAGGCAAGAUUGGAAUACGUGAAUGAGACGAAAGCGCCGAAAUGCGCGAUGAAAGGACACAAGCAAGCGAUUAGCGGAGUCGUGUGGUCCGACAAAACGGAAAUCAUCACAGGCUCGUGGGAUCAUACCAUAAAAAUUUGGGAUGCCGAACUAAACGGCAUCAAGCAGGAAAUCCAUGGUGACAAGAGUUUCUUCGACAUUGACUACUCGCCGCUAUCGCGUGUUGUGCUAGCAGGAUCCGCUGAUCAACAUGUGCGACUGUAUGAUCCGAGAUCUACAGAAGGUGCAAUUGUGAAAGCUAGGUUCACCUCUCAUACGCAAUGGGUGGUGUCCGUACGCUGGUCGACUGAGAGCGAGCACAUCUUUAUUUCAGGAGCGUAUGAUAAUAUCGUCAAGCUCUGGGACACCAGAAGUCCCAAGGCACCAUUAUUUGAUCUUCUGGGACACGAGGACAAAGUGCUCUGCUGCGACUGGUCGAAUCGUGAGCUGAUAAUGUCUGGCGGUGCGGACAACACAUUAAGGAUAUUCAAAAACUGGAUAUAGAGCGCUAAUUACAAAUACGGUAUAGAAUUUGUUAUAAAACAUUGUUCAUAUUGAAAUGACUGGAACUCCCUUUAUUUCAUAAGAUAAUAUGAAUUUAUCAUAUUAAUAGUAAAUGAUUUAAAAAAUUAGAAAAUUAAUAAUAGAUUGUUAUUAUGCAACAGGUGUCCAAAUUACUUUUUGUAAUGUUUAUGUAAUUUAAUUUUUAUUCGUCUGAAGAAUUUCUUUGCAUUUGUGUUGAAUGUGCUUUUUUUUAUAUCGAUCUUUGAAAAUGAAACUUGCGUAUAUUUACGAAUUCAUCGAGAAAUCGACUGUAUAUUUAAUCAUAAUAUUAUUUCACAUUUGUGAAGACUAUAAAAAUCUAUCGAUCGAUGAUAUGAACAAAACAAUUCAUUGCAUCUUUUGUAGUAAUAAAAAAGAAUAAAAAACGAGAAUACUAAUAGAUAAGGAUGUUAACAAAAAAAA